AUGGGUGCUCAUCGGCAUUUUGAACCAAUAACAAAAUGCGACGUUGAAGGGCGUUCAAAUCAGACGGUGGCAAGUGACCUAGACGGCACACUUUUGAUAUCAAGAAGUGCUUUUCCCUACUACAUGCUGGUGGCUCUAGAGGCAGGUAGCCUGUUGAGGGCACUAGUGCUUCUAGCGUCGGUUCCAUUCGUGUAUUUUGUAUACAUAUUUGUAUCUGAAUCACUAGCCAUUAAAACACUUAUUUUCAUUGCCUUUUCGGGGCUUAAAAUCUGUGACAUUGAGCUCGUUUCCAGGUCUGUUCUGCCUAAAUUCUAUGCCGAAGAUGUGCACCCUGAAACUUGGAGGGUGUUCAAUUCUUUUGGCAAAAGAUAUAUAAUCACUGCAAGCCCUAGAAUUAUGGUGGAACAUUUUGUUAAGAAUUAUUUCGGGGCUGAUAAGGUCUUAGGAACAGAGUUAGAGGUGACAAAAUCUGGACGUGCAACAGGGUUUGUUAAAAAACCGGGUGUUCUUGUUGGAGAAGACAAAAAAUUGGCCAUUUUAAAAGAAUUUGGGACAAAUGUACCAAAUUUAGGUCUUGGGGACAGAGAGACUGACCAUGAUUUCAUGUCCAUAUGCAAGGAAGGAUACAUGGUUCCUAGAACAAGAACUGAGGCACUACCAAGAAACAAACUUCGGUGCCCAGUCAUUUUUCAUGAGGGUCGUUUAGUACAAAAACCUACACCUCUAGUGGCUCUUGUGACCUUCUUAUGGAUGCCAAUUGGAAUUAUUCUCUCUCUCAUUAGGGUUUAUUUGAACAUCCCCUUGCCAGAAAAAAUUGUCCGAUACAACUAUAUGAUUCUUGGAAUUAAGCUCAUUGUCAAUGGCACCCCUCCUCCGCCUCCCUCGGCAGGCAAAGGCGGCGUUCUCUUCGUCUGCAACCACCGCACCAUCCUCGACCCGGUUGUCACCGCAGUCGCACUAGGCCGAAAAAUAAGUUGUGUCACUUAUAGCAUAAGUAAAUUCUCCGAACUCAUUUCACCGAUUAAAGCGGUUGCACUAUCAAGAGAAAGAGAAAAAGACGCGGAAAAUAUCAAACGUUUGCUCGAGGAAGGUGACCUAGUAAUAUGUCCCGAGGGUACAACUUGUAGAGAGCCAUUUUUACUAAGGUUUAGUGCACUUUUUGCCGAACUUACUGAUAGAAUUGUGCCAGUGGCGAUCAACACAAAACAAAGUGUUUUCUACGGGACGUCAGCCCGAGGGUACAAAUUUUUGGAUCCGUAUUUCGUGUUCAUGAACCCGAGACCCGUUUAUGAGAUCACUUUCUUGGAUCAACUGCCUCCAGAACUGACUUGCAGGGGUGGAAAAUCUGCCAUUGAAGUUGCAAAUUAUGUUCAAAGGGUGCUGGGUGGAACAUUAGGGUUUGAAUGCACAAAUUUGACUAGAAAAGACAAGUAUAUUAUGAUCGCUGGAACAGAUGGGAGGGUUCAUUCCAAGAAGGACAAGUUCGAUGGAAAAAAUUUGAUUAUUUUUAAAUGA